ACCAUCUAUUGGCCCAGCUGGCUCGUAAGGCGUCGUCGACGUUUUUACGUUUCAUUCCCAUCUGAAGGCAACAGGGAGCGAGCUGUGAAAAAAUCAGAGAUCUUCGAUCGAAGAAGAAUUUGCGAAGUUGAGAACAAAGAAGGAGAUGUUGCCCACGGUCUCGAGAGGACGCUCGUCGUCUUCUGCAUCUCGAGCUAACCCCAUGUUCCCUCAGUACCUCCGCCGAAUAGUCAAGUGGCAACAAAUGGAUGUUGAAUAUACCUUUUGGCAAAUGCUUCACCUAUGCACUUCGCCAAAAGUUGUCUAUCAGCACACUAAAUAUCACAAGCAAACUAAAAAUCAAUGGGCACGUGACGAUCCUGCUUUUAUUGUGAUCUGCAGUCUUCUUUUGAUGGUUGCAACCUUGGCUUAUUGUGCUGCGUAUGACCAUAGUGCUGCCCAUGCUGUUUAUGUAGUUAUCUCAGUGUUGCUUUUCCAUUUUAUAAUAACUGGGGCUGUUAUGGCUACAUGUUAUUGGUUCCUGACCAAUUCUUACCUUCGGGAAGAGGCUCCCUCCAACAGUCAUGUUGUUGAGCAACGAGUUGAAUGGCUGUACGCUUUUGAUGUUCAUUGCAACUCUUUCUUCCCAAUGUUUGUUCUGCUUUAUGUCAUACAUUACUUUCUGUCACCGAUUUUGGUAGCCCAUGGUUUCAUUCCUGUAUUGCUGUCAAACUUCCUUUUCAUGGUGGCAGCUUCAUACUACCAUUAUCUUAACUUUCUAGGUUAUGAUGUAUUGCCCUUUCUGGAGAGGACCACUUUCUUUCUAUAUCCAAUUGGUGCUGUUAUCGUCCUUUCCCCUAUUUUGAUUUUGAGUGGCUUCAAUCCUUCAAGAUAUUUUAUGAACUUAUACUUCAGUCAACGGUUAUGAUUCAUGAAGGCGGACCCUUAGGUAGCAAUAGAUAUAAUUUGCUUUGGGGACUUCUAUAGUUCAGGGAUUGCAUCAAAACAAGAAGGCUUAGAUGAAUGAUUUGAUUGUUUCACGGAUGCGUGAAGGGAAAAACAGCUCCACCACAUACAACAAUUGUUGCAGCUUUCCUUUCUGGGCAUAUUACCACGGCAUGAAGCAAGUUGGAACCAAGCAAAGACAGGAAAGCUGGGUUGUAUAUCUAGUGAUUGGGAAUAUUGGUCAUGGAUCUGUUGAAUGUAUUGAUUUUUUUCCCCCUUCUUGUCACAUAUGUGUUUUCCAUCGACAGAGAUUUCCAAAACUCAAAGUUCGCUUUUUGACAUA